CACUUGUGUUCAAAGUCAGCAGAAGGUUUGCGACUUGUCCAAAACUCUUUCCCCCCCAGAGCUAUCUGUCGAGGUUUAGAUCCAAGUCCUCUCUCUAGUCAACCAACUCAACCCUCCUCCCAAACCCUCGACCAGACCAUCCUCUAACGAUGAGUUUCGAAGUGAGGAACUUCUCAAGCGUGAGCUCUCGGAAUCCCAGGCAGUUAGGUAGUGUGUGGCGCUCAGCCCCUUUGUACGCUGCCAGUGUCCAUGGAGGGGGCUUUGGCAAUAGGAUCUCGGUGUCCCGGGGCUUUGGGGCUGGUGCCCUAGGCGCGAGUGGGGGUGUGGGAGCCUCUAGGAUCCUGAGCAACGAGAAGGAGACCAUGCAAGACCUGAACGAGCGUCUGUCCGCCUACCUGGAGAAGGUCCGCCAGCUGGAGGCUGCCAACAACCACCUGGAAAUCGAGAUCAAGAAGAUCCUCGAGGUCAAGGGUAGCUGCGAUCGGAACUGGAAUGAACAGGAGGACAUUCUCAGCAAACUUCGCCAACAGGUUUUUGAGAUGAUAGUGGAGAACGCCAACCUGGACCUGCAGAUCGAUAAUGCUCAACUGGCUGCUAACGACUUCAAAAUCAAGUGGGACGCUGAGCUGAGCAUCAGACAGUCGGUGGAGAUGGACAUCAACGCUCUCCGCAAACAAAUCGACGACAACAACAUAGGGCGCCUGCACCUGGAGAGCGAGAUCGAGUCACUGAAAGAGGAACUCAUUUACAUCCGCAAGAACCACGAUGAGGAAGUGAGAGCUCUCCAGGCGCAGAUCGGAAGCUCCAGUGUGCAGGUGGAAGUGGAUGCCGUGAAGGGAGUCGAUCUUUCCAAGAUGUUGGCCGAUAUCCGGGCGGAGUACGAGGGUCUGGCUCAGAAGAACAAGGACGAUGCCGAGAACUGGUACAAGAAGAAGAUGGAAUCCCACACGAUUGAAAUGACCCAGAAUGAGAAGGCAGUCGAUGGGUUCAAGAUCCAGAUAACUGAACUACGCCGACAGGCUCAGGGCUUGGAGAUUGAGUUGGAAUCGCUGAGAAGCAUGAAAAACUCGCUGGAGAACAAUCUGGAAGACACGGAGUUGAGAUACCAAAUAGAGCUGGAUAAGUUAAACGGCCAGUACGCCAUGUAUCAGCUCGAAAUGGAUAAGGUCAACCAAGAGAUGCAACGCAAAGCCAACGAGUUCAACGCCCUGCUCAACGUCAAGAUGAAGCUGGAGGUCGAGAUCGCAACCUACAGACGUCUGCUUGGAGGGGAAGAGGAGAGGAUCAUGGAGACGAUCAAAGAACCCGUAACUCAAACCAUCGUAAAGACCAUUGAGAUCACCCAGCAGUUAGUCGACGGCAAAGUGGUGUCGGAGAAUGAAUCCGUGAUCCAAGGCUAACCGUCGACGGGUCCAGCCAGCCACGCCUAGACACGCCCGUUUUCGCAGCUUAACGGGAGCCGAAGCUUUUUGUUUGAACAUGUAAUGCCUUUGCUUCUCAUCGAUACUUUCGAAAUAAAAUUUUCGCUCUGU